AUGUCCCAUUCUCCCUCCCAGUCAACGUCGUCUCUUCACCCCACCACCCCCCACCCGAGCGUCUACCCCCAAUUCAUCCUCCUCGGCGACAGUAUCACACAACUCUCCACCCUGACCUUAACGGCCCGCCUCGCAGAAUGGUACUCUCGACGCCUCGACGUGAUCAACCGUGGCUUCUCAGGCUACACCGCGCCGAUGGGCCAUGAGGUCCUCCAGCAAUUCCUCCCCGCGGACAGUGUGCCUUCGCAGACGGUCGCGCGCAUCAGGUUGAUGACCAUCUUCUUCGGUGCCAACGACGCCUGCGUCCCCGGACAACCCCAGCACGUGCCCCUCCAGCGAUACAUCUCCUCCCUGAAGGACAUAAUCUCCCAUCCAGCCCUCAAGCUGCACGACACGCAAGUCAUCCUCAUCACGCCUCCACCCGUGGAUGAAUAUCAACUGGGCGGCCGUGACCGCACAGCAGAACAUACCGCAAAAUACGCGCGUGCGGCGCUCCAAGUCGGCCAAGAGUGCGGUCUCCCCGUGCUGGAUCUGUGGACCACAUUCAUGCGCAGGGCCGGCUGGACGGAAGGCUCGACGGACGCACUGGCAGGAAGCAAGGAUGCGCCUCGGAGCGAAGUGCUGGGCGAUCUGUUGAUCGACGGGCUCCACCUCACGGCCAAGGGCUACGACGUGGUCUUCUACGAGUUGGUCAAGGUGAUUGAGCAGGAGCUGCCGGGCCAGAUGCCCCAGAGGCUACCGAUGGUGUUUCCAGACUGGAAGGACAAACUCGGCGUCCAGUGA